CCGAAUUCGCGAAUUGAACGAAAGGAAAAAACCGCUACAGAAAGAGAAACAACCACCACUUCCUUCUUCACAAAUCUCACUCUCUUUCACAUCUCUUUUUAGGGUUUCGAUUUGAUCGAUUUCUCCACAACAAAAUUUUACACCAAAUGGAGCAUCAACAACAGUUGGAGCAUAAUCGUUGAUUGGAUAGUGCGAAACGGAAAAAGAAGGCUUAAAAAUGGCGGAAGACGGAUCGGACAGGGGGAGUACAAGUAAGGGAAACGGAGGGUUAAGUUCCAUGGAUUCAAUGGAAUCUCAUCGAUGGGUGUUUCAAGACGAAGAGAAUUCAGAGAUCGAUUACGAGGACAAUGGUGAUGAUGACGGGGAUGAUUUUACGUUGCAAAAUGACAUGGAUUCGGAGGAUGAAGAUAGUUUAUACCAGAAGUUGAUUCGGACUGGGCCAAGGAUUGAUUCGUUUGGCGUCGAAGCCCUUGAGGUCCCUGGCGCUCAUAGGAGUGAAUACGAGGAUGCUAGUCUUGGAAAGAGUAUUUUCCUGGUUUUUCAGACACUUGGUGUUGUUUUUGGGGAUGUUGGAACAAGUCCACUCUAUACCUUUAGUGUGAUGUUCAGCAGGGCUCCAAUAGAAACAAAUGCAGAUAUCAUUGGGGCUCUAUCUCUUGUUUUAUAUACAUUGAUUUUGAUCCCACUCAUCAAGUACAUUCUCAUUGUUCUUCUGGCAAACGAUGAUGGUGAAGGUGGGACAUUUGCUUUAUAUUCACUUAUAUGUAGGCAUGCUAAGAUCAGUCUUCUACCAAAUCAGCUUACUUCUGAUACACGUAUAUCAAGCUUCAGAUUGAAGGUGCCAUCUGCAGAACUUGAAAGAUCAUUGAAAAUAAAAGAGCAUCUUGAGAAUUCAUUGACAAUGAAAAAGCUUGUUUUAGUGUUGGUCCUUGCUGGCACCUCCAUGGUCAUUGCUGAUGGGGUUGUUACACCUGCAAUGUCAGUAAUAUCUGCUGUUCGUGGUUUAAAAGUUGCAUUUCCUGCAGUUGAGCAAGAUCAUGUGGUGAUGAUUUCGGUUGCGUAUCUUAUUAUCUUAUUCAGUGUACAAAAAUAUGGAACAAGUAAAGUUGGGCUUGUUAUUGGGCCUGCUUUAUUUAUAUGGUUCUGCUCUCUUGGUGGCAUUGGUAUCUACAAUCUUGUGAAACAUGAUAGCAGUGUUGUCAAGGCAUUUAAUCCCAUUCACAUCUAUUAUUAUUUCAAAAGGAACCCAACUAAAGCUUGGUACUCUUUGGGUGGAUGCCUUCUUUGUGCAACUGGUUCAGAAGCGAUGUUUGCAGAUCUUUGUUAUUUUCCAGUGAGAACAAUACAAAUUACUUUUGUAUUUCUUGUACUUCCGUGCCUUAUGUUGGGCUACAUGGGUCAAGCUGCAUAUCUGAUGGAUAAUUAUGGGGACCCACAACAGGCUUUCUUUUCUUCAAUUCCUGAUGGAGGUUUUUGGUGGGUGUUUCUGAUUGCUAAUUUUGCUGCAUUGAUUGCAAGUAGAACAAUGACAACAGCAACUUUCUCUUGUAUCAAACAAUCAUCAGCCAUUGGUUGCUUUCCCAGGCUUAAAAUCGUUCAUACUUCUCGCAAGUUUAUGGGUCAGAUUUAUAUCCCUGUCAUCAACUGGUUUCUCAUGGCCUCUGCUGUACUUCUUGUUUGCUGUAUUGCAAGCACCAAUGAGAUCGGGAAUGCAUACGGUAUUGCUGAGAUUGGAGUGAUGAUGAUGACUACCUUCUUAGUAACCUUAGUAAUGCUCCUGAUAUGGCAAAUCAACAUAAUCACUGUCAUCAUAUUCUCCUUCUUCUUCCUCGGAAUGGAAUUGCUAUUCCUUUCCUCUGUCCUGAGUGGAAUCGGGGACGGAAGCUGGAUCAUUCUGCUGUUCUCGAUAGUCGUGUUCCUCAUCAUGUGCAUCUGGAACUACGGGAGCAAGCUGAAAUACGAAACAGAGGUGAAGAAAAAAAUGUCAAUGGAUGUGUUACGCCAGCUGGGAUGCAACCUUGGAACUGUCAGGACACCUGGCAUUGGGCUGCUUUAUAACGAACUUGUGAAGGGCGUUCCUGCCAUUUUCGGACAUUUUUUAACCACCCUUCCAGCUGUCCAUUCCAUGAUUAUUUUUGUGUGUAUAAAAUAUGUUCCUGUUCCUGUUGUCCCUCAGAAUGAACGCUUUCUCUUUCGAAGAGUUUGCUCUAAAGGCUACCAUAUCUUUCGCUGUAUUGCCAGGUAUGGAUACAAAGACGUAAGAAAAGAAAACCACCAAAUAUUCGAGCAACUUUUAAUCGAAAGUUUAGAAAAGUUCAUAAGGCGCGAAGCACAAGAAAGACAGUUAGAAAGCGAUGGGGACGAUGACGAUUCUGAUUUUGAAAAUGACCCGUCGAGGGUACUUGUGGGCCCCAACGGUAGUGUGUAUUUCGGUGUCCCGGAGGGCGGAAACGUAAUUAACCAGUACCACCUCCCCCAACAACCACCACCGAUGGAAGCAACAACUUCGGAGGCAAGUGGGCACACGGAUCCGGAACUAAGUUUAGAGAAUGAGUUGGCGUUUUUGCAUAAGGCCAAGGAGUCGGGGGUGGUUUACCUUAUGGGACAUGGGGACAUAAGGGCAAAAAAGGAAUCUUGGUUUAUUAAGAAGUUGGUUAUUAAUUAUUUUUACGCGUUUAUGAGGAAGAAUUGCAGGAGGGGUAUUGCGACUUUGAGUGUGCCGCAUACGCACUUGAUUCAGGUCGCCAUGACUUAUAUGGUUUGACUUGUUGACUUUGGGUAUUUUCGUCAGAAAAUAAGUUGCUUCACUUGUUAUUAUUAUUAUUUAUUAUUAUUAUUAUUAGUGUUUGUUUGGCACGCUUGUUUGUGCCGAUUUUGAUCUUUUGGGGAGUUGUAGUUAUUUUUAUUAUUGAUGGGCAUAUACACAUGAAUCAUGAAUGAUGAAUAUAGUGUCCGAAUUAAUUA